AUGUCUUCAAGAAUUCUGAGCGUUUUAUUAUGUCGACCUGCGGUUUCAGGUGAUAUUAUUCCAAUUGCAAUUGGAAAUUCGGAAUUCUAUGACGAAAAUUCAGGAAUGCCAAAUGGUAAGGUUUUUUUUGGGAAAUGCACUGAAAAUUGGCAAAAACUGAAAGGGUUUUUCUGAAAGGGGGUUGACCCCCUUAAAAGGGGGUCAGAGCAAGAAGUCUGAAAGGGGGUCAAGUAUAGUAAAAAGGGUUUUACUGAAAGGGGGUUAAUCUGAAAGGGGUUUGACCCAUAUCACAAAAAGGGUUUUUCUGAAAGGGGUUGACCACUCAAAAAGGGGGUCACAUUUUUUUUCAAAAAAGGGGGUCAACUUUUUUUUUCAAAAAAGGGGGUCAACUUUUUUCUCAAAAAGGGUUUUUCUGAAAGGGGGUCAACUUUUUUUUCAAAAAAAGGGGGUCAAAUUUUUUUUUCAAAAAAGGGGGUCAAAUUUUUUUUUCAAAAAAAGGGGUCAAAUUUGAUUUUCAAAAAAGGGGGUCACAUUUUUUUUUUCAAAAAAGGGGGUCAAAUUUUUUUGAAAAAAGGGUUUUUCUGAAAGGGGUCAACUUUUUUUUCAAAAAAGGGGUCAAAUUUUUUUUUCAAAAAAGGGGGUCAAAUUUUUUUUGAAAAAGGGUUUUUCUGAAAGGGGUCAACUUUUUUUCAAAAAAGGGGGUUAACAUUUUUUUCAAAAAGGGGUCACAUUUUUUUUUCAAAAAGGGGGUCAAUUUUUUUUUGAAAAAGGGUUUUUCUGAAAGGGGGUUAACUUUUUUUCAAAAAAGGGGGUCAAAUUUUUUUUUCAAAAAAGGGGGUCAACUUUUUUCAAAAAAGGGGGUCAAAUUUUUUUUCAAAAAGGGGGUCAACUUUUUUUUCAAAAAAGGGGGUCAAAUUUUUUUCAAAAAAGGGGGUCAACUUUUUUUUCAAAAAAGGGGGUCAAAUUUUUUUUUUGAAAAAAGGGUUUUUCUGAAUGGGGGUCAACUUUUUUUUCAAAAAAGGGGGUUAACAUUUUUUUCAAAAAGGGGGUCAAAUUUUUUUUCAAAAAGGGGGUCAAAUUUUUGGGACGAAAAGCGGGUCCUGAGUGUCUAAGUUGUCUGGGCGUUCACUAAGCCUAAGCCUUGAAUAACAGAUUAUUUACAUUUAACCCUCUUUUUUUCCUCCAAAAAUUACCCCUUUUUUUCAAAAAUAUUGACCCCCUUUCAGAAAAACCCUUUUUGAAAAAAAUUUGACCCCCUUUUUUGAAGAAAAAAUGUUGACCCCCUUUCAGAAAAACCCUUUUUGAAAAAAAUUUGACCCCUUUUUUGAAGAAAAAUGUUGACCCCUUUCAGAAAAACCCUUUUGAAAAAAUUUGACCCCCUUUUUGAAAAAAGUUGACCCUUUCAGAAAAACCCUUUUUGAAAAAAAUUUGACCCCUUUUUUGAAGAAAAAAUGUUGACCCCCUUUCAGAAAAACCCUUUUUGAAAAAAAAUUUGACCCCCUUUUUUGAAAAAAAAAUGUUGACCCCCUUUCAGAAAAACCCUUUUUGAAAAAAAAGUUGACCCCCUUUUUUGAAAAAAAAAGUUGACCCCCUUUUUUGAAAAAAAAGUUGACCCCCUUUUUUGAAAAAAAAGUUGACCCCCUUUCAGAAAAACCCUUUUUGAAAAAAAUUUGACCCCCUUUUUUGAAAAAAAAAAAUUUAACCCCUUUCAGAAAAACCCUUUUUGAGAAAAAAGUUGACCCCCUUUUUUGAAAAAAAGUUGACCCCCUUUUUGAAAAAAAUGUGACCCCCUUUUUGAGUGGUCAACCCCUUUCAGAAAAACCCUUUUUGUGAUAUGGGUCAAACCCCUUUCAGAUUAACCCCUUUCAGUAAAACCCUUUUUACUAUACUUGACCCCCUUUCAGACUUCUUGCUCUGACCCCCUUUUAAGGGGGUCAACCCCCUUUCAGAAAAACCCUUUCAGUUUCUACCCUGAAAAUUUGAUAAAUAAUCACGUGACCCUUUGAAUUUCAUUUUCACUUUUUCGAGAAUUUUUGCGAUGAUGUUUUGACUGAAAAUUGAACCUAUGAAAAUAUUCUGAUCAUACUUCAAACUUUUCUCUAAAUUUACUGUAUUUUGUUCCCAACCGCUAUAAUUAAAUAUUUUUGUUACGGAAAACAAUUCAAUUUCGAAAACCGUGAGAAUUUUGAAUUAAAUAUCUCGUGAUUUAAAAAACAACAUCGAGGUGUUUUUUCGAUAUCACGUGGUAAAUAACAACAAAUUUGGUUGAUGUCAUAAAUAUAUUUGUGAUCGGAAAAACUAUUUUUGCUUCGAAAAAAUCCGAAAAAUUGAAUAAUCGAAUUAGAAAUUCCCAUCAAUACUGUUUUUAGUUGCAAUUUUUCCUAGACAACUGUACAAUUCGUGAGAAUUUGAAAGAAAAUACAUAUCGCGAAAUUGGAGAAAAUUUUAUGGGACGAAUUGGGGAUCAUCAAAAAUUUUGCAGAUUCCGAAAUCACUCGAGUUAUCAAACAACGCGUCCGAACAUAUUUCAACAAUGAUGGACGAAUUGAAUUAGACGGAUAUAAUCUACAUUUUCUUGUUGUUGUUGAACCAUUUUGCACAAUGAUUUAUACUUGUAUUGCUGAACAAGGACUAUCUGAAGAUCAAGCUAUUCAAUUUUUAGACACCAAAAUUCGGGUAUAUUUAUUCAUUUUUAUUUUCAUUUUUUUUUUCAAAUACUGUGAUAUUUACAGAGUAUAAUGGCUUCUUCACAACUUCAAAUGGUAAUUGAUCAAGCGAAUGCUUAUGAAUUAUUAGGACAUAUUCAGCCAACUCUUUUGAGUUUUAUUGUGAGUUUAUUUUUUUUCGGAUUUUGAAAUACAAUUAUUGUUUUUUCCAGAAAGAACACAAUCAAUCUGUACCAACACCGCAGGAAGUUCGGAUAAAUUCAUUGAGAGCACAAGUUGCAGAUGUUAGAAAUGUAAGAACAUUUAUUAUUCUCAAGUAGAAAUCUCAAUUUUAAUUUUCCAGGUUAUGGCUGAUAAUGUAGAACGAAUAAUGGAAAGAGGUGAACAACUUGAGAAUAUUGCGAGAAGAACUGAAGAUUUACAAGCAUCCUCCAUAUCAUUCAAAUCCACAGCUCGAAGAGUUCAACAACAUUUUUGUCAGAAAAAUUUGAAAUAUACAAUAAUUCUCACACUUUUCUUUAUUGCUGUUAUAAUAGCAAUUGUACUUAUUGUUCUUCAUUCACAUGGUGUUAUUUGA